AUGACUACUGCUCAGCUCUCUCACAAGACCGGAACAUUGCAGGAAUCUAAGAGAACAAUUUUCCCAUCCCAAAUCACUAAUGAGCAUGAGUCACUGGUAAUGGUGAAGAAACUUUUUGCUACAUCUAUCUCAUGUAUAACAUAUCUGAGGGGCUUGUUCCCAGAGAGCUCUUACAGAGAUCGUCAUUUGGAUGACCUCAAUUUAAAAAUUCUCCGGGAAGACAAAAAGUGUCCUGGGUCAUUACAUAUUAUUAAAUGGAUUCAAGGUUGUUUUGAUGCUUUGGAAAAGAGAUACCUACAGAUGGCAGUGUUAACACUUUACACAAAUCCCAAGGACCCUGAGAAAGUGACUGAGAUAUACCAAUUCAAAUUCAAAUAUACAAGAAAGGGCACCACUAUGGACUUUGACAGCAGUAGUACAAGCUUUGAAAGCGGGACAAACAGUGAAAAUGUUAAGAAAGCCUGUUCCCUACUGAUCCGUCAAUUGUAUAUACUGAUGCAGAACCUUGAACCCCUUCCUAAUGAUGUUAUACUUACUAUGAAGCUCCAUUAUUAUAACUCAGUGACGCCACAUGAUUACCAACCCCCUGGUUUUAGAGAGGGGAUGAACUCACAGUUACUGCUGUUUGAUGGGGAGCCUCUGAGCCUUCGAGUGGGUUCAGUCUCCUCUGGCUUUCACAGCAUGAAAGUAAAAGUCACCACCGAUGCCACCAGAUUGCUUGAUGGGGAGAACAGUGCUGUUCAGGAGAACAGCACUGCUGAGAUAGCCCAUCAGGGCUUAGACUGUGAUGAGGAAGAAGAGGCCUGUGGCAGCCAAAUUCAAAGGAUGAAUUUUGUGCACAUUGAACCAAGUUUUGAAAGCUCCAGGAAGAAGGUCAGCGAACCAGUGACAGUCUUCAUCCAUAACAGAAAAUGA